CAACUAUUGCUGUAACUUCGGGGUCGAGAUAUAAGCAAGACCACGGAUGUUCUUUCCUACGAGGAGAGCAGUCUGUUACUCAGUCACCGUUGUCGUACUGGUGAUUGGUAUUUAUACAUGGCUAAAUAUAGGACCGUACCAUGAUGUCCUUCGGAUACCUCAAUACAACCUGGAACAGGCUGCAGCCGGCUUAGACCACGAAAGAGCAAACCUUGCGAUAGUGUUGAGGCCAGAAGAACAUGUGGAACGAGAGCCCAAGACUGUCGAAUACAGGUGGAACAUUACGACAGGUGUGCGAGCUCCAGAUGGAGUGACCAAGCAGGUCUAUCUCAUCAAUGGAGAAUUUCCAGGUCCUUUAGUUGAGGCUAAGUCCGGCGAUGAGCUUGUUAUUGAAGUUUACAAUGGACUCGAAGUUGAAGGCACUGCCAUCCAUUGGCAUGGGCUUAAGAUGCAGAACAUGAACAAUAUGGAUGGUGUUGUCGGGUUGACUCAGUCGCCAAUUCUGCCAGGCGAGAGCUUCACUUACAAGUUUACGAUAUUAGAGGAACAGGCCGGAACUUUCUGGUAUCACGCACACUCAGAACUCCAACGCGCCGAUGGUCUUUAUGGCCCUCUGAUAGUGCACGAACGACUGAACACUGCGAAUGCAGAGUCAAGAAAUUUUGAGUAUGAUGAAGAUCUUGCUCUCAUGGUGGGAGAUUGGUAUCAUCGAUCAACUAGUCAAGUCCAAGACUACUACACAGACUGGACCAAUUUCGGCAAUGAACCAGCACCUGACUCUAUGCUGCUGAAUGGCAAAGGAAAGUUUGAAUGCUCUAUGGCUGUACGAGCUCGCCCGUUGGAUUGCAAGGAGGUGGCUAUGCCAAAGCUUCAGAUGAAUGGCAGACGUACUAGGUUGCGUAUAAUUAAUACUGGAGCACUUACUGGCUUUACUAUGUCAAUGAGCGGAUAUACGAUGACAGUCAUCACGCUGGAUGGUGGGAAUGAAGUAGCAUCGGCACCAGCGGCAAGCUCGGUCGGCGUACUUUAUCCAGGAGAGCGGAUGGAUGUCAUCAUCGAGAAGGUCGAAACGGAGAACGAAAAGGAGGCAAUCAUGACUAUAAAGCUGGACAAGGAGAAUCUGAAGUUCAAGAACUUCGCUUUGACGCCAAUCCAACAUUUUCCAAUCUCUGCAACUGGGCUAUCUGAUCAGAUGGGCGGAUAUCAAGCCUCAUUGCCUCUCUAUGAUCUGGUAGACGCAAGAUCACCGGAAUUGAAAAGUGCUACGGUACCCACCGCUAUGUCCUCACAAACAAUCCUUCUUUACACCAAAGUCGAAAUCCUCGCAGAAUACAGCAAUAUCCCAAAAGGCUUCAUCAACAGGACAUCUUGGAACGAGCAUCCUCCCGAUGAACCUCCAAUGAUCAACUGGAACCGACAAGGCUGGGAUGAGAGAUUUGUGCCUCAAAUCAAGUCUUCAGAUGAUGAGUGGGUUGAAAUAGUGUUGAACAAUAUGGAUGAGAAGGGUCAUCCUUUCCACUUGCACGGCUACAGCUUCCAUGUUCUUGCCACUCAUAAAGGCAAGCCGGGACGUUACCAAGCAUAUAAUCCCUUCGAUGGCUCCGAGCCGGCUGGAGGUCCGCUCAACACCGUGAAUCCCAUCAAGAAAGAUACCGUCUAUGUUCCAGGAAUGGGAUACGUAGUUCUUCGAUUCCGUCCUGAUAAUCCGGGGCUGUGGCUCUUUCAUUGUCAUGUCAUUUGGCAUCAUGCUGUGGGGAUGGCUAUGGCAUUUCAGGUUGGUGGUAGUGAGAAUGGUUUUGCGGGGUGGUGGGAUGGAGGAGAGGAUGCUACCGCUUGGCGCUGAGACUCAAUGUCACCCGAAAUUGAUGGAUUAUAAUUGACUUGAAAAGUGAAUAAGCAAUUAUGAGAGCUGCGACGUGCAACAAAACUCUCAGGAAGGAGG